UUUCGCGCUUUCUGGUUGAUAAUUUUCAAAUGCUAAUUAAGCCCUACAGAGAACAUGAACCUGGCCCUUGGCUACGGCGAGUACGAGGGUAUCCCGCUCGACUAAAUGUCUCAUUUCCUGGUGCGAUCAACUAUAUAGACAUGUUAUAGUAGGAGGAUAGGGCUUGUGCAAUAUGUCGAAUAUGCCCAUGUGUUUUUCAUAUUUUGGUUUUUCUUUCCUUUGUUUGAAAGAGCAAAAUUCGGAGUCGAGAUGUCUGAUUCAAUCCAUUCUGGGUGUUCUUUUUUCUUUUUUGUUGCAUCUCAUACCCUGCGUGCAUCUUUAUCGGUUGCUAUGGGUUGGAGAUUUGUAUAAGGGGAAGUUUUUCUUCUUUUGUGUCAUGUUUUAUUUUACAGGUACUUUUCCAUAGCCAACUGAGAUGUCUUCAUGAUGUGUUAUUUGA